AUGCAUGAACUUGUAAGUGUUGAUCUGAAUAUAAACAACGAGAAACCUUCAGAAUUGGAAAACAAUUAUGAUGUCACAACGGGUGGGACUUCGUUGCUGUCGAUAAUCCCCCUGGCAAUUAAAUCUAGUUAUUUCAAUUUACCUCAUCUGACGUCUAUGACAGAAAAGGCGGAUUUUAACAUUCCUGCAUGUCAAUUCUCCUUGAUGUUCCGUGGGGGAUAUGCUCCCGGUCCACCAACCCCUCCAGUAUACUCCCGGGCCCUGGAAACUGCUCUACGUACGGAGUUAUUUGACACGGGGAACUAUUCCGUUCUCCAGCGACCAAACCAAAGGGUCAACGCCAAGGUGUCUUUAACUUUGCUAACUGUUAAUGAACUGAACAUCAAAGACCAGAUUCUAUCCAUAUCGGGGUACCUAACAGUGGACUGGACAGAUGAUCGACUUUCCUGGAGCAAUACUUCAGCCACAUCCCAAGACUACACCAGUAUUAAUUUUCUAUUCAGCACAGAAGUAUAUGUUUGGACUCCAGCAUUGAUAAUUGAAAACUCAAUUGAUGAUAUUUCUAUCAUCAGCGACACCAAAAUCCCAAUGCGGAUCAGAAGUGACGGAAGAAUAGCAUGGAGUCCCGCAGGGAUUUACAAAGUGGCCUGCGAGUCCGACAUUACCUACUACCCACUAGAUUCACAGACGUGUACUAUCAAAGUCAGUACCUGGGGUUACACGCAAGCAGAAAUAAACCUGAUUCUGGAUGCUACAGAACCGGUCGACUUGGGCUUUUAUAGUGAAAACGGAGAGUGGGAUCUUUUAUCAGCCAUAGCUUACAAAUCCAGCGAUAGAUCUCGAGGUGGACAAUCGUUUUCUAGUUUGUCUUUUGCGAUAUCUUUGAGGAGGAGACCGCUUUUCCACGCACUAAACACGAUAUUUCCGGUUGUCUUGAUGGCGUUUUUGAUACCAAUGGUAUACAAGUUGCCAUCAGACUCUGGAGAAAAGAUGGGGUACUGCUUAACCGUACUGUUAGCCUACGCUGUAUACUUAACACUAAUUUCUGAUAAUAUUCCAAGCACCUCAAUGAACGUUUGCUAUCUAUCAAUUUAUCUUGGAUUGACGCUUGCAUUUAGUACACUUUCUGUGAAUAUCGUCAUUUUCAUUCUAAGUGCUCAUUUUCAAGGGGAGAAAGAAGUUCCAAACUGGAUAAAAAAGUUCUCCAGAAAAUUUCGUUGCCACAAACUUAUCGGAAGUGACAAAAAUAAAGUUGCGCCCUCUAUUGACGACGAAAAGAAAGACAGUAACAUUCUUGUAGAAAAUGCGCAAAUCGAAGAUUAUAGUGAAACAGAAAAACUAACAUAUCGCGAAUUUUCGGAGAUUCUGGAUAAAUUCUUUUUUAUUAUUUACAUGGUGGCUAUUUCACUCACAACAUUAAUAUUUCUUAUUAUUCUUCUUGUCCAUUACUCCUCAAUAUAA